AUGGGUACCGAGAUAAUUGAGCUCAAAGUGCAAGUAUAUAAUUCUGGAAUUCAGAAUUUUUGCAAAGUCACAAAUAAAUUUUCCGACGCCGACACUGCAGAUGCAUUCGUAUUCCAUAGCAGGAAUUUCUAUGAAACAGUAAGUUUCAAAUUUCAAAUUUUAUUUAAAAGAAAUUUUCCGAGCCUCACUCUUCCAUUGUUGAAAAACAUUCGAAAACCCAAUGUUCCUUGGAUAAUUUGGAAUAUUGAAAGUCCGAGUCAUGAGAAGCUUCCUGGAGAAAAAAAUCUAUUCAAUUGGACAAUGACUUAUAGGAGGGAUUCCGAUUUUUCAGCAAGAUAUGGAGCACUAGAGAAGUUCAUUAAGACAGCUAACAUCUCCCUCGAGGGAAUCUGGAAAUACAAAAACAAAACCGCCACAUGGCUCGGCUCAAACUGUCAAACUCCCAACAACCGAUUUCGUCUUGUCCAGCGGAUGAUCCAGGAAGGUCUAGAAGCAGACAUCUGGGGAUCAUGUGGAAAACCAACCGGACUUUGUGAUGGUGUACUCAAACAAACUGAACCGUGUGUUCUCGAUUUGAUACGACCUUACAAGUUCUAUCUGGCUGUUGAAAACUCGAAUUGCAAGGAUUAUGUCACCGAAAAGUUUUGGAAAAGUCUAGAGGAUAGAAUGGCGGUGCCGAUUGUUUUGAGAAGGGAGACAGUUCAAGAUCUAGGAGUUCCUGAUUCCGCUUACAUUGCCGUAGAUGAUUUCGAAACUCUUGAUGAGUUUAUACAACAUGUGAUAAAGGUAGGCAGUGAUAAGGAGAUGUAUCUCAAGUACCACGAAUGGAGGAAAGAUUAUAGAGUGGUAUUUGACAACGGUUUCUACGGAUGGUGCCAGCUUUGCAAACGACUUCAGGACCCGGAAGAAGUUGGUAGGAAUCGAAGAUCUUAUGAAGAUGUGGAAAGGUGGCAUUCAUUUGAAAUGUGCGAUGACAAUUACACAAUAAAGUUUAUCACCUAG